AUGUUGUCGGAUUUGAGUGGACCAACUAAUGGUUUCGGACUUCGUUUCUUGGAACAAUUAAACACCGAAAAUUCGAAUAAAAAUGUCGUUUUCUCACCUUUAAGUGUCAUCUUAGCCUAUGGAAUGUUAUUGGAAGGAGCGACUGGCAGAACUGGAGAACAGAUCAAAGAGGUUCUCCAAUUAUCUUCUAUUGGUAAUCAAAAUUCUGAAGUUUCUCAAACCGCUAAAAAAUUAUAUAACAAAUAUAAAUCGAUUGCUGAAGGUUCGAGUGAUCGCAACUUCUCAUUAAUUUUAAACAAUUUGAUAAUGGUUCAUAAAAAUUAUACCUUAAAAGAAGCGUUUGUCCAAAGCUUAUUGAAAAAUUAUUUCGCUAAAGUGACGAAUGAAGAUUUUCAAAAAGGAGCCGAAGUCAUGAAUAACGUUAACUUGUGGGUCUCCAAGCAGACUUUUGGCAAAAUCGAUAAAAUCUUGACUGAACCCACAAAUCCUGACAUGAUAUGCAUUAUUAUAAACACCGUUUAUUUCAAAGGGAAAUGGCGCAAAUCGUUCAAAUCAAGUUUAACAUUUGAUGAAACUUUCACUAAUUCUGAUGGAACUAAAAGUAAGAUUGAAAUGAUGUCCCUUUGUGGUAAAAAAUGCGAAUACCUUCACAAUCCAGUGGCCAGAUUCAAGGUUAUUGAGCUUCGGUAUAUUGGAAAGGUCAGUAUGAUCUUCAUUCUACCCACUGAAUCCAACACUCUGCCCAAUUUACUUCCUACAUUGAAUUCAAUUGGAUUAGAAACUCUUUUGAAUUCUAUGAGCCGAACGAAGCUUCGUGCUGUUAAGAUUCCGAAAUUUAAACUUGAAGAUACCCACAAGUUACAUGAGAUUCUCCCUCGAAUGGGAAUGGACUUGCCUUUCAGUGGACGAGCAGAAUUUAAAAACAUCACUGAAGAAUCUGAUUUAUUUGUAUCCGAAUCAAUUCAAAAGGCUUUUAUCGAAGUCAAUGAAGAGGGAACUGUCGCUGCAGCGGUGACAAAAAUUAGUUGCGCAAUGGGCGGUAUGAGAACUUCUCGAGCGAAAGAAGAUUUCAUUCUCGAUCGACCUUUUAUAUUCAUGAUUCGCGACAAACGAACAGGAAUUAACCUCUUUAUCGGUCAAAUGAAUCAAAUGCCUGAUCUUAAUUAAUCUCUGUGUUUAUCAUUUAUAUCACUUUCGUUGGAAUAAAUUUUUUAUCUAUCGACUAACCUUGGGGAUAAAUUAUGAGACUUUCGAGUUUCAGUUUUUUAUGUCCAAAAAGUUAACUAAUGG